AUCUCGACGAUAACAAACACUCUGGAAUCAAAAACGUAGACUGCAUCACACUACCAUAGCAUCGUACUCGGCUUACUCAACGCGCGCAUCUCGGUGCAUCUCUCUUCAACACUGCUCCGCUCUCCAAAGCCAUCACCUCAUCCACAAUGACCUUCUCUGGCGCUCUGACGCUCACCGACCUUGACGACUUCUUGACGCCGUCUCAAGCUUGUAUUAUCCCAGUCAGGCAGUCGAACAAGCCGGCAGGGCAGGCGAGCGGAGAGAAUGCCAAUACCGACAUUGUGAUCGACUCGAACAACAACUACUAUGAAGUAUCGACGUACUCGACGUCAUCAAAGGCUGGCCCGUCGUCCGGCGUCGAGGCAGGACGGCAGGCGCUCAAGAAGGCCGAGAUUAGCUUGAAUGACUGCCUGGCGUGCAGCGGCUGCAUCACGUCGACUGAAUCCCUCCUCAUCACCAUGCAGUCCCACAAGGAGGUCCUCGACUUUGUGCGCGCAGGAGACUUCACGCGCUCACCGGUGCUCUCGAUCGCCCCGCAGACCCUCGCGUCCUUGUCAGCAGCUUACGCCGAGGCAGCAGGCAGCGCGCCCGUCCCGCUCCUCUCGCUCCUCCGGAGAAUACGACACUUCCUGGCUGCGCCAGAGCGUGGAGGAUGGCAGGUGUGGGACACCACGUUUGCGCGACACGUCUCUCUGCGGGAGAGCGUGCUCGAGUUUGAGGAGCGCCGCGCCGACAAGGGCAAGGCGCCAGCGCUGCCUAUGCUCACGUCGGCAUGCCCCGGUUGGGUGUGCUACGCCGAGAAGGCCCAGGGCGACCUCCUCCCCCUCCUCAGCUCGGCGCGCUCAGCGCAGGGUGUCAUGGGUGCCUUGGUGAAGAAGUGGUGGGCCGAGAAGCACGGCAAGAACCCAGCCGAGGUGUAUCACGUCUCUGCGAUGAUGUGCUACGACAAGAAGCUCGAGGCAUCAAGGUCCGACUUCUACUCAGACAUGUACUCGACGCGCGACACCGACUGCGUGCUUACCACUGGCGAGCUGGAUCUGCUCCUCUCGGAGCUGGGCUUCGACCCACUUGCGCCUGUCGAAGGCGAGAACGUCGCGCCAGCUACCGACUCUGUCCCCUUCCCCGAGCUCCUGCAGCACCCUGGAUCAAGCUCAGGCUCAUACCUCGCCACGACGCUACACUACCUCGCCGCCCAGCACCCGCGCCGGACGCGUAUUGUCAGCCGCGACAUCCGUGGCUCGACCGACAACGUCGAGGUCUUCCUCGAAGACGCCGAGACCGGCGAGGUCCUGUUCAAGGGAGCAAAGUGCUACGGCUUCCGUAACCUGCAGAACCUGGUCCGUAAGGUCGGCAAGGAGAGCGGGCUCGGUAAGGCGGGCCCGAGGGCAGCUGGUGCCGGGCGACUGUCUGCUGCUGUCGCGGCGCGCCGGCGCAAGGCUCGCACGCAGGGCACCGAGCUCAGCACACCCGGUACCGGCACCGGCACGCCGGGCACCCCGACGACCGACACUCCCGCUGCAGACAUCACUGAGGCGGCAGCAGCCGCGGCGCGCGACGCGAAGAAGCUCGACUUUGUCGAGGUCAUGGCGUGUCCUGGCGGCUGCGUGAACGGCGGCGGCCAGAUGAAGCCGCUUUCAGCUGCUGCCACGGCGCCAAAGGACGCAGAGGGGUACCCGCGGGUGCUUCCUGACGACGGCGUUGGCGCCCCGCCACCCCCGCCGACCAACUCGGGCCUCGCUGGUGCCGACGAGGGCAUGCGAUGGAGCACAAAGGAGUGGGUGGCCAAGGUCGAGAACGUCUACUGGUCUGGCCUGCCGACUCCCCCUGCCUCCCCCCGCCUCCAAGCCGCAGACAGCUACACGCCCCCGAAGCGCACCCACGCGGCCGACGCGCUAGCUGAGGAGAUCGUCUCGCAGGCUACGGGCGGCGACGCGGCCAAGCGCUUCGAGUUUGUGCGCUGCCGCUUCCAGCGCGUCGAGGGCGACGUGCUCAACCCCGCCGGCCUGACGCACGAACAGGUCAUGUGGUAGAUGGUCGUCGACAUCUUGUUGUAUCCUCAUAUCUGCAUGGCUAUUGAUGCAAUAUACUACAUUGUGCGCUACUCUAGUCGUCGUCCAUAAGAUCAAUGAUGUUGCCGCCGCCAUAGUUUGGCCGGUUGGCAGGCGGCGGGGGUGGCGCGAGGCCAAACGACGCGCCAGGGGGGUUGCGGGUCGUGCCGCUUGGCGGUGGCGCCAGUGGAGGUGGCACCGGGCUGGGAGGCGACGGCCACCGGCCAGGCGAGUGGGACGCUUUGGUGAGGAGCGAGAGGGCCGGGGUGUGGUCGACGCUCGGCCCCCUGCGGCCGGGAGGCAUGCUGAUGCGCAUGGUCGAUGCGCUGCCGCCAUUGGGCGCGAGCACAGCCGACGCCGGGCUAGGUGACUGCGCCGGGAAGGGGAAGCGCGAUGUCUGUUGCACCGCUGGAGAGAGCUUGGAGAUAGGCGUGGGCGGGUUGGAGUGCUUUGCGAUCGGUGUCGGCGGGUUCGGUGACUUGGGCAGCGGCGUCGGCGGCUGCUGGGGCGACUCGAAGGCCGAGAAGUCGCCAAAGUCGUCAAAUGUCGUGUUGACGGUGGUGGCCGUGGCAGGCGCGCCAAAGUCUCCAAAGUCCCCAAAGUCUCCAAAGUCGUCUGUGGGGGCAGGGGCGGGGGAUGGAGCAGAGGGGGCUAGAGUUGGUGCUGACGUGAAUGCUGGCAGGACUGCUGGCGUCGGUGCUAGCGUCUGGCUCAGGCUUGGGGCGAAGGGCGACGGUGACGCCGCCGGAGCCGGCUGCGGGGAGAGGCUGCGCAGGCUGUCGCCCGUCGGUGUGGGCUUGAGAGACGGCACGGCCUGCAGGGUAGCGAAGGAUGCCAGCGAGGACUGCGAGGCCUGGGCGGAAGGCAGCUGGGUCGGCGACGGGAUGGAGCCGAGCGAGCCCAUGCUUGCCAUUGACGCGGGGCGGGACGCCGUGAGGGGCGAAGAGGAGAACGCGGCGGGGACGGGAGGAGACGAUAUCCUUGGGGCUGUGGGCGGGGAUGAGAGCCGCGGCGCGGGGGACGGCGCGAGCGGCACGCCGAACGAGGGAGAGAUGGGGGAGAGGACUGAUGGCGACGCUGUGCGCGGCGGUACCGAGCUCAGCGGGCUCGCGGUGCGCUGUGGCGGUGCGAUUGGCGGCGUGGCGGUACGCGCUGGGACGAGUGGCGGGCUCGAUAGCCUCGGCACGGGCGGCGACGGCGCGAGUGGCGGGGACGACAGGCGGGGUACGGGCGACGGCGCGAUGGGUGGCGUGGCGAUGCGCGAGACAGGGCUGGGCGCCGACGGCGCAAGGAGUGAGUCCCACCCCUGUGAUGUGGUGGACGGCGCCGCUGCCUGCGCUGGUGCCGGCGCGUCAAAGUCGAGCCCGGAGAGCAGAUCAAAGUCUGACGAGGCCGGCUUGGGCGGCGCGACACGCGCGGCGAACGCGCCGCCGGAGCCACUUGCUCCGCGCGGUGGCGGGGCCAGCGGCGCAGGCAGCGGGGGUGGCGCAGGGGCGAGGAUGCUCUCGAUGCCCGGCAUCCCGCCGUCCAUGGCGAGCAGGUCGCCCGUGCCGGGGGCCACGGUCGACGGGACGUCGGAUAAGAACGCAAAGUCGUCCGGUGACAGCUCAAUGUCCUCCUUGAUCUCGCCGACGUCUUCAGACGGCACGGGCUGCGACGCGGCACGCCGGCCAAACCGGCCCCAGAAGCGAGAGACGCCUGAUGGCGCGGCAGGCUCGGUCGACGAGCGUGGCGGCGCGUCCUGCGCCUCUGCCGCCGGCGGCUUGUCCACUGCCGGCGUGCUAGGCCGCGACGAGAUCGAGGGCGCGCGCGAUGUCGAAGCCCGGUUCGAGCCCACGCUCGGCGCGAUGCUCCCCGUGUCGUUGAUGGACCCGGUCGGUGUCGCCGGUCGCGCACCAGUCAUGCUCGUGGGCGACGCCACGGCCGGCGAGGAGACAUCCUUCACUUCUAGGAUACCGCCCCCGCUCGUGGUCAGUGUCUUGGGCGGCGCCGUCGACUUGCGCCAGAACGACCACUUGCUCGGGCCGGCCUCGUCGACCGCCGCCGCCGCGGCCGCCACGAUCGCGUCGGGCUCGCCGAG